AUGUGCGGAGGAGCAGUUUUGGGGAUGAAAAUCAGGAGUUUUGUUUCUGUGUAUAUUAAAUUUGUUAUGCUCACUAGACAUCAAAAUGGAGAUGCCAAACGGACAACUGGAGUCAAGGAAAUAAUUCUGGGACCUAUGAAUUUGGCAAUCAACAGCAGUGCAAUAGUUUUUAAGACAAUAAGUGAAUCUCACUACCUCUCUGCCCUCUUUUCCAGGCAGUUCCUAGCCUCAGAUUACAGUGAGACAUACUACUCCGCAAAAGGAGAGCAGAUCACCAAGCAUCCUCAGAUCACGAGUAUGGAAAAAGAAAAGUCUAUUGAACUGUUCAUUGCUGCUGAUGAUAACAUGUAUCGCAGGAAUAAUCACCCUAACAAACUAAGGAAUCAAGUUUGGGGAAUGGUCAAUUUUGUCAACAUGAUUUAUAAAACCUUGGACAUUCAAGUGACAUUAGCUGGCCUUGAAAUAUGGACAAAUGGAGACAAAAUAGGUAUAGAUUCUAAAAUAGAAACUACCUUAUUACGUUUUUCGGCUUGGCAAGAAAUAAUCCUUAAAAAAAGGAAGAAUUUUGAUCAUGUUAUGUUACUCAGUGGAAAGUGGCUCUACACACAUGCACAAGGAACUUCCUAUCCAGGGGGUAUAUGCCUGCCCUAUUAUUCCUCCAAUGUCGUUAAGGAUCUUUUACCUGACCUAAAUGCAACUGCAAGCAGAAUGGCACAUCAGUUGGGGCAUAACCUUGGGAUGCGGCAUGAUGAUUACCCAUGUACCUGUACUUUGGGAAAAUGCGUGAUGGGUAGUGAUGGAAGCAUUCCUGCACUAAAAUUCAGUAAAUGCAGCAAAACCCAGUACCAGCAAUAUCUCAGGGAUUACAAGCCAACGUGCAUGUUCAAUAUUCCAUUUUCUGAUAAGCUAAGUGAUUAUCCAUAUUGUAGAAACAAGAGGUUGGAUGAUGCAGAAGAGUGUGAUUGUGGCCCUGUUCAGGAGUGCACUAAUCCUUGCUGUGAGGCACACAAAUGUAUGUUGAAGCCAGGAUUUAGUUGUGCAGAAGGAGAAUGCUGUGAAUCUUGUCAGUUGAAAAAAGCAGCAUCUAUAUGCAGACCAGCAAAAGAUGAGUGUGAUUUUCCUGAGAUGUGUACUGGCCACUCUUCCAGGUGUCCUAAGGACCAAUUCCAAAUAAAUGGAUUUCCUUGCAAGAAUGCAAAAGGCUACUGCUUCAUGGGGAAUUGCCCCACCUGGGAUGAUCAGUGCUCUGAAUUGUUUGAUAAAGAGGUAAAAGACAGUUCUGAUAUCUGCUACAAGAUGAAUAAAAUUGGAAAUAAAUUUGGAUACUGCAAAAACAAGAAACACGUAUUAAUUCCUUGUGAAGAAAAAGAUAUCAAAUGUGGAAAGACAUUCUGCACAGGUGGGCAGCAUUCUUCUGUCCUUGGAGAAGAAAAGAUCUAUCACCUUAAGAAGCCUCUGAAGCAGAAUGCCACUGAAUGCAAAACUUUUUUUUUAUACCACGAUUCUAAGGAUUUUGGCCUGGUUGCUCCUGGAAUAAAAUGUGGAGAUGGAUUGCUAAGAUGAACGCCCUUUGUGUGCAGCAAUGGUGAAUGUGUGACUACUGCACAGGCCUACAAUUCAACCGACUGCUCCUCUCAGUGCAAGGAAAAUUCUGUGGAUGACGGUGAACUUGAGUGCCAGUGUGAGGCAGUACAGGCAUCUGCGGAAUGGGAGGAAACCUUAAAUGUUACCAAUAUCUCCAUCCUGGUGGUUGGGCUCAUCCUGGUUAUUACUGGUGUUGUGGUUGUCAUAGUAUUAAUUCGUUACAAAAAAUGUAUUAAGUUGAAGCAAGUUCAGAGCCCACAGAGAGAAACCCUAGGAGUGGAGAAUAAAGGAUACUUUGGUGAUGAGCAGCAGACAAGGAUUGAGUCCAUCUUACCUGAUAUUCACCCCCUACAUGAAGCCAACACGUACAUCACCUAUCUUCCCCCAUCCUGCCACUCUAUUGAACCCUACCUGCUCUCCUACAGGAGAGUUUUCACAUAUUUCAAGGCUGCUUCUGCCAAAAUGGCGGCGCCCACGUAG